AUGAUUUCCUUACAAGCGAAGAAACUAACAGGCCAAUAUGAAGACCUGCAAAUGCAAUCCAGGAAUCUUACGGUACCUGCUAUUGAAAAUGAAAAACCUUCAACUGCACUUCAAGAAGUUGGAAAUCGGGUAAAAAGUCCUUUGAAAUUCUCGAACUACCCUAGAGCUGAGUCAAGAAAGACGAGCAGAAGAAAACAGGUGUCGGGUAUUGGUCUCAUCAUAGCAGGCUCACUUAUAUUAUCAGAUGUUGGUGAAUUUGGCCAUUUCUUAGAAAACAGAAUUUUGGCACCUCCAGUAGUAUUGAUAGUGGCAGGGUGCAUAGUUUUUUUGGUUGCUUCUUUGGGAUGUUAUGGAGCAAUCAGAGAGUCAUAUUAUAUGCUUAUGGCGUUUGCUCUUUGUCUUCUAAUAAUUUUCAUAAUUGAAUUUGCUGUUGGUAUCGCCGCAGCAACUUAUAAAAGUGAAUUCCAAACUGCUCUAAAAGAUGCGAUGACGAAUUCUAUGAACAAUUAUGAAACCAGCAAAGCUGAUAAAGUGGCUUGGGAUCAUAUCCAAACAAAGUUGGAGUGUUGCGGCGUAGAUAGUCCAUUAGAUUGGACGAAACGUCCUGUUUCCUGUUGUCAUCCCACGAGGGAAAACGCUCCAGUUCCAUCCCCCGAACACUGUAAGGAUGCUAAACCAGGAGAUGAUUAUUUAUAUUCUUAUGGUUGCUUUGACGAGCUCCAGAUGAAAGCCCGAAAUUCUGCGAAAGUUCUUAUCGGGGUUGGAAUUGGUGUAGCCUUCAUCGAGAUUAUUGGCAUCAUUCUGGCCUGUUGGAUGGCAUCAGCAGUCAAAAACAAAGAUUAAAUUUUUUACGAGUCUAUGUAUUGGAGAAAAAAAUAUGUAUAUACAUUUUUUUAUUAUCUUCCAGAAUUAAACUAGAAAUAAAUAAGAACUUUAUAAUAUGUUGGAUAUUUAUAAAACACAAUUUUACGAGGUUGAAUUUAUUGUAAAUAAGAAAGAAUUCAUAGCAAUAUCAUUUGUUGUUAAAAUAAUUCGUUUUUCAAUGUGUAACAGAAUUGUAAAAUGUUAUCCUCUUCUGUCUGUAUUUAUGUAUGUGAUGUACAAGUUGUUUAUAAAUAAAGCACCACGAAACAUAUCUAUAAUAA